UAACGUCAAUCACAUAACUACACUUUAUCACAUUUAUCAUUUCAUAUUAGCUCCUUGUAUUUUCAUACAUAAUCAUCCAUCACACAUACUUCAAUUAUAUUCAUAUCAUUACGCCCAUAAGCGUCAUUACUUUAUCAUAUCCAUGUCUUUACGUCCUUAAUCUUUACAAUUUACCACAUCUAGGGGUGGGCAACGGGAUGGGACGGGAUACCUGUCCCGUUUGAAAUGGGUACUCAAUCCUAUUUGGAGAGCAAUCUCCAUCCCAUAUCCCAAACCUGUACGGGUUAACGGGUACUUAUUACCCGUACGGGACGGAUAAUGGGUACCCAUAUUACCUGUAAAUACCCGUCCAAUUGGUGGGACAAAAUUAAAACUACAAUCAAGCAUGAAAUUUUACAUUAUUGAACUCGGACAUGUAAAUUGAUUCAUUAGAUUGAAAAACUUCUUACCUUCACAACACACACCCCUCCAGAAACAAAGGAAUCAAUCAGCUAUCUUAAACCCCUAGACAAGUAAGAUUCAUUUCUUUGAAUAUGUAGCACUAAUAAUGAUAAGCCAUUUUGUAAAAGUGCACCUCACCGGCUCACCCGUUUCACAACUGCUUCCCAGUAACCUCAAAUAAGGAAUUCCACCAAGCUAAACAUUCAUCAAGACUAACACACUUAAGCUUAAUUACCUGAGAUGGAGUUCAGUAGAGUGCUUACAAUGGGCUGUGAUGGGAUCAGUCAAUUUGGCGGUAGAAAGUUUCAAGCUCUCAGAGUAAAUGGGUUUUGGGCAUUGGACUAAUGAGUAUAACGUGUAACCCGUGGGUACCCGUAAUACCUAAUGGGUAACCUGUGGGUACCCAAAGUAGUCAUUCUUGAUCCCAAGUCUCAUCCCGUAAAAAAAUUAUGGGUAUUUGGGUACCCGUAACACUCAAAAAACGGGCCGCGUACGAGUAUUCCCAAAUACCCGUUUCCCGUUGCCUACCCCUAACCACAUCAACAUCAUACAUUAACAUAAAGGGUUAAUUGCAUGGUUGGUCAAUGAGAUUACAAAAAACGUUCAUGUUUGGUCACUGAAAAUAUUUAAAUCCAUUAGUGGUCACUCAAAUUAGUUAAGUGGUUCAAGUUUGGUCACUCUCCGUUAUCUUUCGUCAGUUUUCAUUAACACCGCAGUUAUUUGCUGACGUGGCUAACUGACUCACCUAGUCACUUAUUUUUGACAAAAAUAAAAUAAAAUCUAAUCCCGCCACAUCAUAAAAAAAAACCUGCCACAUCAUAAAAACCUAACCAAUGUGACCCGACCCAUUAACCCAUGACCUAACCUACCCCAAAUUAAAACUCAAGAUUGUCUAAUUUCCAAAAUCCCUCGAUGGAGAAGAGAACUGGAAGAAACAUCAUUCUUCCCUCAUCGUCGAUCCCACUCCCUCUACAAUCUCACUGACCAACGACGGCGCGCUAGCUUCAACUCCCUCCUUGUUGCCGCCUUCGCUCUUACGGAAGAUGACAAGUUGAGGAGAAGCAGAUCUGUCAUUCCCUGGGGAUAGUGUUUUUUUCCAUUCAGAUAAAAUAGAAGAAGCCGAGGGAUUGAUGGGCAGGGGGCGAAUCUUCCGGAACGAUUAGGGUGAAUCGGGAUGAAAUUGCGAAGGGGAAUAGCUAGGUAAUUCAGUGGAGAAGGAGAAGGAGCACUGGACGGAGGGACGCGAGUUUGGCCGCCUUGGUAACGAAGCGUGACGUCCGGAUAGCAAGGACGAGCUUGCCGCUGUAACUAUUGGGGAUCUCGGUGGAGACUAACGGGAUGGGUGUUUUGAUUGGAGAGGGUCGGGGAGAGUUUGGAUCAAAAGGAGAAGGGUGCUCUUUUGUUGGGCGUUUGGGACGGGAGGGAUUCAGUCCGCCUGCUUUUCUUCUAUCUAAUGCCGAUGUGGGAUUCAUGAGCUUAGAAGAGAAAGAGCUAUAACGAAUUGGUUGGAGGAAAAAUCAAGAGGAAGAAGUUGAUUUCUUCUUCCCAAACCCAACGCUUUCGUCUUUUGACAAUUAUUGGCAAUCUCUGGAUUGUGCGACUGCUUCUUCCUCUUUGUGGCUGGGUUGGAGAACAUUACAGGAGGGAGAAAGCAAGAGUAGGAUCUGCUCCAUUGAUGGUAUUGUUUUGUGGGAGAGAUGGUUGGGCCACCCUCAUCGAGCAUAUCUACUCCGACCAUGUUCUGGAUUUAUGGCAGCCGGCAAAGAUGGUUGGGUCUACGUCGAGUGGAUUUGCUCCUCGCAUUGAUGAACCCAUGCAUUUCGAGUUGGAGGUCGUUGUCCGGCGGGUUGGAGUUCUUGGGCUUGUUAUCGAUGGUGCUGCCAGAGUAGCAAUCGGAGGAAGAUCGGUGACGAUGGUUUUGGAAGAAAAAGGAUUGAGAAAACAUAAAGGUCUCUGGGAGUUGAGCGACUGAGUGAAGGGGAGUUUCAGUGUUUUUAGAAUUAUUUUAAUUUUGAUUUGUGUAGGUCGGGUUAUUGGGUUGGGAUUAUAUGACGUGGAGGGUUUUUAUGAUGUGGCAGGUUAUAUUUUAACUUUUUUUAGUAAAAUUGGAUGAUUGUAUAUUUCUGUUAGCCACGUCAGCAAUUAACUGACGGUGUUAACGAAGACUAACGGAAGCUAACGGAGAGUGACCAUACUUGAACCAUUAAACUAAUUAGAGUGACCACAAACGGAUUUAAAUAUUUCCAGUGACCAAACAUGAACGCUUUUUGUAAUCUCAGUGACCAACCAUGCAAUUAACCCUUAACAUAAACACAUGAUCAAUCACUUUGGCCAUUCAAGUGGCCAUUCACAUUUGUCAUACAAUCAUCAUCACAUUCACCACAUAAUUAUCAUAUCAUAGCCCUUCAAUUCAUAUCACAUCAAUACUCAUUCAUUCGAUAUUCAUGCUUCCUACUCGGGUCGCUUCAUGACCCAAAUAACUCAAUAUUAUUAUAUGUACUUGGGUCGCUUCAUGACCUAAAUACCGAGUUUGCGUUGAUGUAAAUUUAGGGUUAGAAUCUACUCACCCUUGUGGUCGCUAAUCCACUAGUCCUUUUUCCUUUGAGGACUCCCCAGCUUGCUCUUUCCUUUUAAUCAACCAUAUCACUCACAUUUAAUCAUCUAAAGCAAGCAUGUAGCCAUAAAAUUGCAUAUAAGGGCCAAGGUGGGCGAGUAGUGGGUCAAAACAUGCAUUUCCCCGCCCUUAGGACAAUCCCCUAUCACCCCUUAUUAAUUCCCGGUCGGGGGUUUGUCUUCCCUGGUUGGGGGUCCCUCUAGAGCCAUUCUCCGAUAACACCCCCCCCCCCCCACCCCAAAAUGAUCCCCUCUCGGGGAUCUCAAACGGUGCCAUUAUCCUGUUCACUAUUUCGAUCAUAUCUCCCUACAUUUGUAUACUUGUUUUCUAUGCUUCUACAUUUAUUACAACUUCAGCAUUACAUGAUCAUUAUUUGACAACGCUGCGUAAAACUUUCGCAUAUUUAAGUUGUGUUCGAAUUGAAAUUUGAUUUCAGAACGAGGGUUCAACUAGAUAUAUUAAGUCAUACAAUUGCAAUAACUCAAUGCACUUUGACAAUUUUUUAAACUUUAGUACUUCUACCAAAAAACCUUUUAUAAGUACAUAUAUAAAUAUGAGGUACAAACAAAUUGUCUAAAAAUUGCAGACAAUGUUUGAAAUUAGUGUGAUAAAUAAAGUGUAAGUUGUAACGAGUAAAGAGUAAGUAGCACAAUGCGUUGAUCCGAACAACCCGCAAUCCGAUAUGUUCGUAACCCGCCUGACCAGAAACCCGAUCAACCCGUAACCGGAUGGACCCGCAACACGAUGAACCCACAACCCGACUGAUCCAUAAAAGGAUGAACUCGUAAACAGACUAACCACAAUCUGAUUGAACCCGACCAACUCACAACCUGAUGAACCCGAAAACUAACUGACCCAUAACCAGGGGCGGAUACAUGGGCCUCUAGGGGUGUCCCGGGACACCCCUAAAAUUUGGGGAAACGAUUAUCCAACUUUCGGUAGCAAUUUCGUAUGAGUAUACAAAAUAUAAUUGGUAAUCCGGGACACCCUAACAUUUGAAAAAAUUAUUAUCCUACCCUCGAUAAUAGUUUGCUUAUGAUUAACAAAAUAUAAGUGGUAGUUUGUGUUAUUCCAACCUAGGACACUACUAUUAUCAAACAUAUUCUAAUUAUGUUGCUACUCAUUUGUUAUUCUAUUUUAAACAUCAUGCAAUAGUAAAAUGCUAUUUCUUUAUCCCCAACUAUUUUCAAUACCUAAUAAUUAAACUACGUACAUGCUACCCUUAAUUUUGAAUUGAUUUUAUGGUUACACGGCAAGUGUUGAAAGAGUCUUUUCUACUUUGAGCUACAUUAAGAACAAGGUUAGAAAUCGAAUAAGUGAUAAGUUCGUGA